AUUUGAAUUAUCAAAAUAUGACCCAUUCAGAUUUAAAUCGGCAAGAAACCAUGGUGAUGAGUUUUAAUUGGUACUAAUUUUGUGGGCCUACACCUAAGGAAACCUAACAUGUUAGUUAACUUUACCCGAAUGUUUGGCCUGAAAUUCAAAGUUCCCACACCUUAAAAGGGGUUUUCCAUAAGUAUAUAUGGAUCACAAAGCAACAAACAAAAACACAAACCAAUGGAUUAUCUAACCUUAGCCCUUGUUAUCUCCUUUGUGUGGGCAUGCAUUCAUGUCUACCGGUUUAGCUCUGCCGUGAGGAAGCCCAGCCCGGCCGGACUUCCGCCAGGUCCGAACCCUUUUCCAAUCAUCGGAAACAUCCUAGCACUUGGCAAAAGACCCCAUGAAUCACUAUCCAAUCUCUCCAAAAUUUAUGGCCCUUUAAUGUACCUCAUGCUUGGGACAAUAAAAACCAUUGUUGUAUCAUCACCAAGUAUUGCCAAAGAAGUGUUACAAAAACAUGACCAAGUUUGUUCUAGCCGAACAAUCCCACACACCGGCCAGGUAUUCGAUCAUGACAAGGUUUCCAUGGUAUGGUUGCCUGUGUCAAGCCCUUGGCGAAGCCUUCGGAAGAUAUACAAAGAACACAUGUUCUCUACCCAUUGCCUUGAUGUCGGCCAAGGCCUUAGGCAAAAAAAGGUACAAGAACUUCUUGACCAUGUGAAACUAAAUUGUGACAAUGGCCAAGAAGUGGAUAUUGGGAAGGCUGCUUUUACAACAACCCUUAAUUUGCUAUCAACCACCUUCUUCUCAAUUGACAUGACUCACCAUAGCUCUGACUCUUCUCAAGAGUUUAAGGGUUUGGUAUGGGCUAUCAUGGAACUUGCUGGGAAGCCUAAUCUUGCAGACUAUUUUCCAUUGCUUAGAUUCAUAGACCCACAAGGUAUGCAUUUGCAGAUGAAACGCUGUGUUCAAAGGUUAUUUGAUAUAUUUGAUGGGAUUAUCAAUCAAAGGUUGCAUUCAAGAGUUUCUGUGUCUUCUCCGACUACCGGUGAUUUGCUAGACGUGUUGCUCAACCUCAAGAAAGAAAAUGGUACCCAGUUGAGCAGUAGUGACAUAAAACACUUCCUUCUUGAUUUGUUUCUUGCAGGGACAGAUACAACUUCAAGCACUGUGGAAUGGGCAAUGGCAGAGUUACUACAAAAACCUGAAAAAUUGGCAAAAGCUCAAGUUGAGCUCAAAGAAGUCAUUGGCAAGGAUGGAAUAAUACAAGAAUCAGACAUCUCUAGAUUCCCUUACCUACAAGCAGUUGUAAAAGAAACCCUUCGGUUACACCCACCAGGACCAUUACUAAUUCCCCACAAAGCUGAAGCCGAUGUAGAAAUAUGUGGUUUCAUGGUGCCUAAGAAUGCACAAGUUCUUGUUAAUGUAUGGGCUAUUGGGCGAGACUCGAGCAUAUGGUUGCGUCCAAAUUCAUUUGAGCCUGAAAGGUUCUUAGACCUUGAAGUUGACAUGAGAGGCCAAGAUUUUGAGCUCAUUCCUUUUGGUGCAGUAAGGAGGAUGUGCCCAGGACUCCCGUUGGGGUAUCGGAUGGUGCAUUUCAUGUUGGCUUCUCUUAUCCACUCCUUUGAUUGGAAGCUUGGAGGAGGAAUGGAACCAGAAGAUAUGGACAUGAGUGAUAAAUUUGGACUUACUUUACAAAAGGCCAUUCCUCUCAAGGCCAUUCCAAUUAAAAUGUGACUACUAUUAUGCAAUAUUCUUGUAAUGUUAUAACAUUUCUUUCCAUUAUUUAGACAGACAACAUAUUAUGAAUCUCACUAUUUUCUAAAAACUAAAGUAAACCAAUAAACUGUUAAAUAUUAUUGUCAAAGA